GGCUGAUCUGGGGAUCAAUAGGGCAGAGAGCCGUUUGUCUCAGCCUUCCUGGUGGGACACAGAAACGUCACCUCUGGCUCGACCUCCUCCUCCUCCAGCUGCUCCCCAGCUGCGCGUCAAAGCGCCGACCGGACCGGACCGGACUCCGCAGAGAAGAUGGGAUCCUCGGGCCAUCUUGGCUCGGUGCUGCUCGUCCUGCUUCUGCUGGAUCACUCCGCGGGAUUCUGGAUCGUUAAUUUGGUUUUUCCCCCCAGCACCAAACCCAAACCUCUGAGCAACGACACCUCACCGCUCAUUAUCGUGCCGGGGAGUUUGGGGAACCGGCUGGAGGCGAAGGUAGACAAGCCAACGCUGGUUCACUGGUUGUGUUACAAGAAAACGGAGCACUGGUUUCCUCUGUGGAUUGACCUGAACAUGUUCAUGCCCAUCGGAGUGGACUGCUGGAUCGAUAACAUCAGGCUCGUUUACAACAGGACGACUCGACGGUCCACCAACGCACCUGGGGUCCAGGUACGGGUCCCUGGCUUUGGGGAAACCUACUCCAUUGAGUACCUGGACAGUAACAAACUGGCUGGUUAUUUUCAUACCAUGGUGCAGAGUUUGGAGAACGUUGGCUACAUCCGGAACGAGACGGUCCGUGGAGCUCCGUACGACUGGAGAUUAGCGCCACACGAGAACACGGAGUACCUAACGAAGCUGCGGGCCCUGGUGGAGGAGAUGUACGAGCAGUACCAGAAACCCAUUUACCUGCUGGGACACAGCAUGGGCUCCAACUACGUCCUGUACUUCCUCAACCAGCAGCCUCAAGCCUGGAAGGACAAGUACAUCAGGGGCUUCAUCUCCCUGGGUGCUCCAUGGGGGGGUGCCGUCAAAGUGGUCCGAGUCUUAGCUUCAGGUGAGAACGACGGCAUCCCAAUGAUCUCCAACAUCAAGAUCCGCCAGAAGCAGAGGAUGGUGACAACCAACCUGUGGAUGCUGCCGUCUGAGGACAUCUGGCCACAGGACCACGUUUUUGUCUCCACGCCGACCUUUAACUACACCCACAGGGACUACCAGCGCUUCUUCGCAGACAUCGGCUACGAGGAUGGCUGGUAUAAGUGGGAGGACACCAAGAACCUGACCGGUGCUCUCCACCCGCCUGGCGUAGAGGUGUGGUGUAUGUACGGCGUGGGGCUUCCGACUCCCGUCACACACAUCUAUGAUGCAGAGUUUCCUGACGGAGACCCGGUGGACUUUGUUUACGCAGACGGGGACGAUACAGUGGACAGCUUCAGCAUGGGGCUGUGCAAACGCUGGGUAGGGCAGCAGGAGCAGCCCGUCCACGUGACAGAAUACAGAGGACUGCCUCACCUGGACAUAGUGUUCCACGAAAAGGUGCUCGAUCAAAUCCAGCAGAUCCUGGAGGGCAAAUCAGAUGCACCCAAAGAGGUUGAUGUCCGUUUUGAGGCUAAAUGACUGACAUCAGACCGCCACUUUCUGACAUCACUGACUUCAGGUUGCUUCCCACGGCCGCCUGUGGUUCAAAAAGCUGCAAACCAGUGUGGAUUUGAACCUUCGGCCUGUUCGACUCGGGUCUCUGCGCUGAUCAAUCAGAAAGUCUUUAAAUCGCAGUAAACUUAUUUGACUCAGACACUUCAUUUAUUCUGUUCUGUUACAUGUUCUGUUUGGUCAAAUAAAACCUGUAUUCUGUUUAAUAUACGAACACCCAAAAGACCGGUCUAAUAAAGUGUUUCUUUUAGGUUUUUAUAUGUUUGUAGAAUCCAGCACUAAGCAAGUGUUUUCCACUGUUUUUAAAAGCUACAAAUUUUCAGAAGAACUUGAAUUUCACUUUUUUUUUUGAAGAUGUGCAAAAACAGUUCACACACUCUUAUUUUUGCAUUUAAAAAGGAAUAAAAGUCACUUUUCACAGUC